UGGCGCCGCGACCUCAUGUGAGACACCUCCUGCGCGAGCCAGUCCGACGUUACCUCUGCAGAGGAAAACGCAAUGGAGCCCUGAACAAUUUUCAUUUCUAUCUCCUUUGACCCCCCCCUGGAAAACAAUAUUCGACCAAAAUACUGCUUUAUCUGCUAUUUAUUUGAGGCGUAACAGGGCGGUGCAGCGAUGUGGAUCCAGGUUCGUACUAUAGACGGGAAGGAGACGCGAACCGUUGAGGAUCUUUCUAGAUUGACCAAAAUUGAGUCUUUACGGUUGAAAAUACAGGACAUCUACAAUGUAAGCCCACAACAGCAGCGCCUGUUCUACCGAGGGAAGCAGAUGGAAGAUGGCCAGACACUGUUUGACUAUAACGUGGGUCUCAAUGACAUCGUUCAGCUGCUGAUUCGCUCACAGACCGACUCUCCAGACAGCCCCGCCACCAAGGACUCCUCUGGUCUUGCCUGUAGUUCAGCUCCUCCCCCUGACUCCAGGUCAGAAAGCCACAACUCCCCAGCUCCUGCCUCCCCCGCUGCUAUGGAAACCUCCACCAAUAUAGACAAUGACAGCAGCGUCACCACCAGCACUGUUAACGAAACCAAGCCGGACACCAGCGCUACCAGUAACUCAGCCAGUACCAAAAAUGGGUUCAAGUCCUCCAGUCCGGCACGGGACACCCAGCCCCCCACGUCCAGCAGAAACACAUUAGCUGAUCCAGGAAUUGGUGUGUACAAGAUUAACGAGCUGGUGGACUGCAGAGAUGUCAGCAUCGGUGCCUGGUUUGAGGCCUGCAUUGAAAAUGUGACACGCGCUCCCAAAGGACAGAUAACGCCCACCAAGGGCAAGGUGGGCCGGCCCCCAAAAAGGACUAAUGGAAAGCUGGAGGCCGAGCAGGGACAGGCCCACGGCCAGGGCCAAACCAUAGACAGUAACAGGAAUAAUGUUGUGUUAAGCUCUGAGAGUAAUGGAGCCUCCACCUCUCAGACAGACUCUACAGCAGCUACAGAGACCAAGGAGAGAGAGGAGGACGCAAUUUACCACAUUAAAUAUGACGAUUACCCAGAAAACGGUGUGGUGGAGAUGCGACCAGUGGAUGUGCGGCCACGUGCCAGGACCCUGCUGCGGUGGGACCAGCUCCAGGUGGGCAUGCAUGUGAUGGUCAACUACAAUAUGGAGACACCAGAUGAGAGGGGCUUCUGGUUCGACGCUGAGGUUCAGACCAUCAGCCAAACCUCCCGCACCAACAAGGAGCUCAGAGUCAAGAUCCUCCUGGGGGGUCCUGGAGAUAUAAUCGGGGAUUGUAAAGUUCACUUUCUGGAUGAAGUCUACCAGGUGGAGAAACCAGGAGCUCGUGCACUCUCAGCUGCAGAUGGACAAUUUAAACGGAAGAGCGGACCGGAGUGUAAGCACUGCAAGGCUGACCCCGAUGCUGAGUGUCGCUUCUGCUCCUGCUGUGUGUGUGGCGGGAAGCAGGAUGCUCACAUGCAGCUGCUGUGUGACGAGUGUAACAUGGCGUUCCACAUCUACUGCCUCAACCCACCACUGGCCACCAUCCCAGAUGACGAGGACUGGUACUGUCCCACCUGUAAGAACGACACCAGUGAGGUUGUUAAGGCAGGAGAGAAGCUCAAAGCCAGCAAAAAGAAAGCCAAGAUGCCUUCGGCAACAACUGAGAGUCAAAGGGACUGGGGAAAGGGUAUGGCCUGUGUGGGGCGUACCAAGGAAUGCACAAUUGUUCCUUCGAACCACUAUGGACCCAUACCUGGUAUUCCUGUUGGAACCACCUGGAAAUUCAGAGUUCAGGUGAGUGAGGCAGGUGUUCACAGGCCGCAUGUCGGUGGUAUCCAUGGGCGCAGUAACGAUGGCUCCUAUUCACUGGUGUUGGCUGGGGGCUUUGAGGAUGAAGUGGACCGGGGAGAUGAGUUCACCUACACAGGCAGCGGGGGUCGUGACCUCUCAGGAAACAAACGGAUCGGAGAGCACUCUUUUGACCAGACCCUGACACACAUGAACAGGGCAUUGGCCUUAAACUGUGAUGCACCUCUGAAUGACAAAGAUGGGGCAGAGUCGAGGAACUGGCGGGCAGGAAAGCCAGUCAGAGUGGUGCGCAGCUCCAAAGGUCGACGCAUCAGCAAAUACGCUCCUGAGGAGGGGAAUCGCUAUGAUGGUAUUUACAAGGUGGUAAAGUACUGGCCAGAGAUUGGAAAGUGUGGUUACCUGGUGUGGCGGUACCUGCUGAGACGGGACGAUUUGGAACCAGCACCAUGGACACCUGAAGGACUGGAGAGGAUCAAAAAACUGGGCCUUGCAGUUCAGUACCCACCAGGCUACUUGGCAGCCAUGGCUAACAAAACUAAGAAGGAGGCCUGUGCCAGACCAGGUCGCGGUGGCCGGAGUAAGCACUAUCCCGGUAGGGGGAGGCCACGGAGACAACGCAAGAUCAAGGAGAAAGAGGAGAAUGAUGAGGAAGAGGAGGACGAGCAGCCAAUGGCCAGUGUGGAUGAAGAGGAGCCACAGAGUAAUGGAGAGCAGAAGACAACAAGAAAUAGUGAGUUGUCCCCAGCGGCAGAGCCUCCCUCUAAACGGGUGAAGAUAGAGGAGACCUUCUAUUUGUCAGAGCAACAGCAGCAGUUGAUCAGGGAGGACACAGCCAACAAGAAACUCUGGGAUGAAGCCAUGGGAAACCUUAAAGAGGGACCGAAUUUCCUGCGUAAGAUGGAGCAGAUCUUCAUGUGUGUGUGCUGCCAGGAGCUGGCCUUCCAACCAAUCACCACCGUCUGCUCACACAAUGUCUGCAAGACUUGUCUCCAGCGGUCGUUCCGAGCAAAGGUGUACUCCUGCCCUGCCUGCCGUCACGACUUGGGCAAAGACUAUGUCAUGACCCAAAACGUGCCGCUUCAGAUGCUGCUUGACCAGUUCUUUCCCGGCUACAGCAAAGGCCGAUGAGGUCGAAAUCACAUUUAUAAGUAGAAUACUUACAUACACGGACAUAAGCAUCCAUUCUGUACACCCACGCAUACUGUCAAGUACCUAGAGCUCCACUUUAAAAUGCAUUGCGCACGCAUACUGUACUUACCCACGGGCAAAUGUAUAUUGCAUAUACAGCCAUUUAUGUAUACAAUCAUUCACACACAAACAACCUCAGUAGGGACUGACCUCAUCUGUUGAACUUGGACUGUCUCCAUUAACAUCACCAGCCUGAAAUUCAACCAAGCACAUUUUUUAAUCUCCAUACUCCUGCCCCACAAAAACACACAAACGCACAAAAGGAGCCCCAAUUCACACCCACUAGCCACCUCAAGAUAUUAGCUCAUUUUUAGUUUGCCCCUCCACUGUGUUGUUCACUGACUCCAUAAAUUGACACACAGCACAUUGUUUUGAGUGCAAAUUUCUCCCCAGCAAUAUCAUGAAGUCAGCCAUUAGACUCCUGCCAACCUGUAUGCAUUUUGUGUACCAUGUACGCAGUUUUACACCAAAACACUGAGCUGAGCUGCUAUUUUACUCUGGCAAAUAAAGGUGCUAGUCUAAUAUGAUGAUUUAGGCACAGCAAGACUGGCAAUUUUACAAGGUUACUGAAGACACACAGAUGAGAUAUCACUUCCUGCACAACAUUCAAUAUAAGCAAGUAGGUCAUGUGACUGAGAGAUGCCCACAGAGUUGGCCUUCAUGGCAAGGUUAUAUAAGGCAAGUCAAGAAAUAAUAUGUAUUUAUAUAUGAAAUGAAGCACACCAUGUUGUAUUCCCUUGAGCACUUUAUCAAUGACAUGCGCAACAGACAUAUUUUGUAGGUUAAUUAGGAGCACAUGCUAACAUCCUGCUAGCUGCUCAUGUCACUUGGAAUAAUGCCAUUGCCAUGCCUUGAGCUAAUAAGAAGAGCAAAUGUCUCGACAGAGGUAACAUUCAGUGCAUUUGCAGAGAACAGAAAUUGGCAGCUGUGUCUGGUUUGUUUGGAGUGUCAGAAGAUUUCUGGGUCCAGCAAAGCAGCAAACCUUACAUACUUAGUGAACGCAACAACAAUCAACAGGCACAAAUCUCCUUAAAUUUUAAAUGAAGUCAAAAAAAGGGCAUUUACUUCAUAAACAUACCAAAGACAUGAGGCUGUAGAGACGGUAUGGGGCAAAUAUCUUCAGAAAUCAGCUUUUUUUAAAAGUACUUACUAGUGAGGAAUCAAUCUCAUACUUUAGAUGAGUACGUACUUUAGAUGAGUACGUUCUGGUAUUUCCCUUAUAUAUGUCUACCAGAGAAACACUGUAAUGUUGUAAUAGAAAUGAAAGAUUUACACGCAGCACCCUGAAAUGCUUGAAAAGCGCGAGGUGCGCCGCUUGCAUAGAAGGGCACACUGUGGUUGUCCCUGGUGUUACCAAGCAACCACAAUCAAGCAGGACUUCACACAAAGAUGAUGAGCAUAUAUUGUGCUCAGCAGAUAUCCAUCUGCUAUUGUUCUUUCUGUUAGUUCUGGUACAAUGUAUCCAGCACAAUCUGCUUCUGUCAGUUUCCUAAUGAUGUGAACAUAUUAUUUUUAAUCAGAAAUUUACCGAUUUAAAAUCCUAGUUUUAGAUUAUUUAAUUUAGGCCGUGUUUUUGUAUGGCUGCUUUGUGUUUAGACAACAUUUAACAUUUGAAAACUUCUUUUGAAAAAUGGGAAAAACAAUACCCAUCCCUACAUGGUGCAAGUAAGAGCUUUUCAAUAUUGUGAGACAUUUUAAAGAGUGCAUAUGUGAGAGUUCACUGGUGUGUAACACAUUUCAGUAGUUUUAUUAAUACACUAUUAUGCUUCAAUAGGUAGUAAUAGUAGUGUGUAAGACAGCAAACAGACAUUCUUUCUUGUAAAGUCUUGUAAUGCAAUCAUCAGUCGAUCAGUUUGAGACGGCAAGAUCUGUGUGGACUUAACGUGUAACCUAAAAACAAAAUCAGAUCAUCAGGUCUAACAUACCAUGGUCCAUGACUGAAAUGUGUGUGUAAUACAAAUUGAAUGGCAGCUGUGAACACGACAGAAACAAAAAGUUGUCCUUAAACACUUGGAUGUGUGCUUUCCUCAGAUGCAGCAGUGCAAAAGAUCCACAACUUUAAUUCUGUUCAGUUAUCGGUUAUCUUUACGUUUUUUAUCUGUUAGAUCUGACACACCAUCAGAUAUUAUACAUAUAUUAUACAGCCCGAGCCAAGUCCAUUUUCCUUGAGUUAAAAAAGCAAUUUUUUUCCUAUCUUGAGCGGCUGACACAGAUUCGCAUCUUUUCUGGUGCUGAUAUGGUACUUUAAAAUGUCCAGGGUUGGCAGGUCUGAUAGGAACUAAAACAAAGACAUCGCAUGGAGAGCAGCAGCACAGUCUCUGCACUGAUCUUUGAUGUGGACAGAGGUCACCUGGAGUGCUGAAUUUCAGAUAAUAUACCUGAAAUAGUCUCCCUUGAAUUGGUUUUGUGGGAAAAUAUAGCCCUCGUUCAUUGACAUCGUCACGCUCACCUGUAACAGCCUCCGAGGCAAAGCCAUGUUUAAUGUAGAGCUGAGAUAACACGCUGCUGUAGUUUCUUACUGCUCUGUUGACAUUCAGAUCAGAAGUGAAAACUGUCUGUCUAACCCCCCCCGGGUUGUUAUCGACACUUCCUCCCCUUUCAUUGGCCGGCUGUUUGUUUGUGGUGAUGUCCUUGUUUCUGUUCAAUCAUUCAGGAUUUUUUUAACAACAACAUGCAAGUACAAAUGCUACUAUGGUCUUUAAAGCUAACUGUGAUGUGCAUUACUUCCACUGUUGCUCAAUCUUGUUCAAAGAUUAUUUUCUUCUUGCAAGCUAAUAGCCCUGGUUUCUUUCUCUGCUGUGACCUUCGCUCCCUCUCCUCUCUUUCUGCUGUCUUCUGCCCCCCGUGAACCUACAGUACUAACAAUUUUUAGACGUCUUGUGGACGCUUGGCUUCAGUGCUGUGUUGUUUUUAUUUUUAUUGCACUCUACUGAAGAAAAAAGUUUGAAAAGUCGCAUUUAAUUUUCCUAGAAUGCUUACUAUUAUCUAUGUCUGUACUCCAUUUUUCUAUCAUUUUAGUUGCUUCUCUUCUAUUUUAAUCAUUAGUCAUUUUUAUGUGGCCACCUCAAACAUUUGCAGCAUAUGCCAGUCUGAGGAGUUUCAUUGCUUCAUAUUGUGAUCUGAAAUUUUAUACAUGUCAUAAUAAUACUUGAUAUGUACCUAUUAAAUAUUUGGAUUCCAGAAAAAAA